AGUCACUGUGGCCGAGAGCCCGAGCCGCGCGCGCCCUCGCGGUUCUGUCCCGGGGACCGCCGAGCCCCAGCCGCGCCUGCUGUCCAGCCCCGGGCGGGCUCGUCGGUGGCGGCCCGAGUGUGGCCGAAGGAGCAGGCCUUGCUCCUGAGCCCCGCGACCUCGGCUCCCCCUGCGGACGCCCCACGCCCUGCGAAGGGUCGCCGCAUCCGGGCAUCCCAGCCCCCCGGGGGUGCGCCCCCCUCUGCGGGAGCGCGGGAGCCCAGCGGUUUCGGGGGGAGGCGCGGAAACGGGCCGGACGCGGGAUCUCAGGAGGCUCGAGGCUGGCGGUGUGAUCCUCUUGAUUGGGAUGUCACGUCCACGCGUCCAAAAGUGCUGUGAGGGCCCGUAAAACCUUUGCCGUUGCUGCUUCAGCAGCUUCCAGCCAUUCUCCUAUUUUAGGGCUUCCGGCCUGUGGUGGUAAAGUGCUUGUUUUGAUCGAACACGGAGGGAGGGUAGGAACGCUUCUCUGCCUUACGGAGGGAGAUUGUCCCCCUCUGCCUGCUGUAGACUGACCGUCCCCCGCCCCCAUUCAUAUCUUGAAGCCAAAUCCCCAGUGUGUUGGUACUUGGAGGAGCUGCCUUUGGGAGGCCACCCGUCAGGAGGGUGGAGCCCUCAUGAAUGGGAUUAGUGCCUGGAUAAGAGAGACCCCGAGAACCAGACUGCUGACUGAACCAGGAAGCCGGCUCUCAGGACGCACCCCAUCUGCUGGCACCUUGAUCUGGGUCUUUCCAGCCUCCAGCACUGAGAAAUAACUGUUCCCUGUUUAAGUCACCCGGCCUGUGAUGCUUUCGUUACGGCAGCCGGAAGGGAGUGAGACACUUGCUGGCCGGUCAGCGUAAGGAAAGGCAGCUCGAGGUGGUAGAAGGAUUGAUCGGAGAAUCAGGAACGUAAUUCUGGCCCCUCCCGUUUUCCCCGUUUGACCACAGAUGACCACAGACAAGGACUUAACCGCUCAGGACCUCCUUUUAAAAGUCUCAUUACAAAAGCCAUAUUUGUUGAUUAUAGAAAUAUUGGAAAAUAGAAGCUUUUCUAAUCAUUCCAUUAAAAAUUGCAACUUGCUUCUCAAGGCGCUCCUUAUCCCCCUCUGUCGCUUUAUUUCCUACCAUCUGACUUAUUUUGGAAUUUAAUUAAUUAGUUCAUGACCUGGCUCCCCCGAUCCAGGAAAAGUCGCAAGACGGUUGGGGAUAUGGCCUCUUCACUGCCACAUCCCCACUGCUCUGAAGAGCCUGGCAUGGUGUAGACACAGUAACCGUUCAUUAAAUGAAUGCGCGGACGACCAGUUCCUGCUGCCCAGCGGUCUGGGACUCCCUGGGUUCCUGACGUUUUUAUAAAGCCCGAAUGGCCCGUCUUCCACUGACUCUGUGAGCCCCAACCCCGGCCUUCCAAGAAAGGUCCUAUUCAGCAAGUCAGCCAGUUUCCGUCGCACGCGGAACCACUUCCUGGAUCGUGGGCUUCCCGGCCACAGGGUGUCCGAAACCGCACGCGAGACCUUUCCCGUCAAGCCUUCACGUGUGCUGCGAAGGACGUCAUCUAAGUCGUUGCCUCUGCUAGAAACAUGGCGUCAUGCCUUGCUCUUCACUCCCUGGGCCUGGGACGUGGUCCUGCAGUGGAAUUCCAGAAUAGCCAUUUAUUUAGCUGCGCGAUUCUGGGGGAAAUGACGUAAGUUCCCAGAAACUCGCUUUGUCUUUUUAUCUACAAAAUUAGUCUACCAGGCCCUGUUCUACCUGGCAGUUGUGAAGACGGCACAUAGUCUGGGCCUACAGUAGGCCUUUAACAAAUGCCUCUGUUACCGAUUCUUACUGAUGGCACCCCAAAACAGGCUCUUUCCUAGUCCCUCUGCCCGAGUGUAGGCCGCAAGUCUCCUGGGACCCUGGACAGUUGAAGUAGCCUUUGACCCGGCUUCUCUUUCGAAAUCCACCGCCCAGCAACCAUUCCUCGUCUGCAGCCCCUUCCUGAAGCAGACCCGUUUGACGGCUGUCUGACGGCUGACCCGUGCCGUUAGGGUGGCGUCCAGACUCUUAGACAUGGCAUUUCAAGCUCUUUAACAAUCUAGCCUCACAUAAGUUUUCCAGAAUCCUCUCAUUUAAUGUUAAUUUAGUAAACAUUUUUUGAGUGCCCAGUAGAAGCCAGGCAGUAAUGGAACUUGUGUUUUAGCAGGGGACUUAUUAAUAAAAGCAAGCCAAUCACUGAUGGUGAUUGAGAUUUCAACCUGCAGCUUUAGGAAUGUUGGAAAAUCUCUGUCAUCUCCUUUCUUGUGCUUCUGCCACCCAUGAAAAGAGCAUGCUUCCGGCAGCCACUCCCGCUUCACCGAGUCCCAGAACGAGACGCGGCUCGCAGGUCCAACCCUGACUGGCAAUCCGCAGCCGGGUGUGGCUGAAACGACCAAGGCCAGCCAAGCCUAGCACAGUCACGGCCACGCUGCAGACUUCUGUGUGAGGCAUAAAUAUUUAUUGUAACUCUCUGCGAGUUCGAUUUGUUUGUUAUUUUAGCAAAACUGGAAUAAUACAGAGAUGGAGCCGAGAGACCAUGCUUGUGAGCUGGAUGCGUGCGUACGGAAAAGGAAGAAAUCAAGGCUCUGUCUUGAGCAACAGAAUGGAGAAAGGCAUCAUUCACCAAGGAAUUACCAAGGCAGAGAAGAUUAGUGGAGGGAAGGAUUUGGUAAGAGAGUCAAGUUCAGUUUGGGACUCCUGGCAUAGUCUGGGCAAAAAACCUCAAAAGAGCAAUGGCUGAACGUGAUAGAUCAUUCUCGUUCGCAGAGCACUGCAGUGCAGGUGCUCAGUGGGCGAUGUCCCAAGCGCUCACUCAUGAAUCCACGCUCUUUCUGGCUUGCGACUCUGCCCUGCCACAGAGCUCCGUCCGCCGCCUGGGAGGCUAGGACAUGCCUAGCCGGGGACUCCAGGUGACGUGGCGAACAGCUAGCUAGUCCCUGCACCACGUCUUACUUUGAGACGCCUCAGGUAGUCAGGAGGAGAAGUUUUGGGAAAUCUAAGUAAGGGACAACAUGGAAUACGAUCAUCUACAAUUUCGUGACUGGACAUUAUUACUUUUAACGUUUUCUGUGCAUUCUUUCCAUCUUCCUCUUCUGUGCAUACGUGACAAUAACGUACGUGGGGACAUUUGGAGACAGGGCCGGAGUGGCCGUGGCAGAGGAACCGCCCUGCCCUCUCACUCCGUGACACUUUGGACUCUGGGAACUGGGCCUAACAUCCUUGCGACCGGGCCACACCAGCCUGUCUCCCAAACAGCAGUUCGUGAAGCGCUGGGUGCUGUGUCUAUGUGACUGAGUUAUAUCUUCAUUGAAAGACAGAGGCCAUCACUGUCCCCAAGCGUCCCUGCAUGUCCUCGGAUCAAGCCGAGUGAUGCAUAUGGACACGUGCGGAAGGAGCACAGAGCCAGCUGCGGAGAGACAGUGUCCUAUCCCAACGACACUCACGGAACCUCACGAUGUAAUCAGACCCAUGGAAAAGAUGCAAUCCUGUUGUCAAAGCGACUAAACGAGGCUCUAAGGCGUGGACAAGCGAACUGAAACCCAAGCCAGAGUCGGCUCCCGCUCCCCCAGCCACCCCAGUGCCACGUCCGUGAGCCCGUCGGCAGGCUUGUCCUCCGGGAAGCCGGCGGACACGCACUCCAGCUACACGGACACCCCGGUGAGCGCCCCGCGGACCCUGAGCACGGUGGGGACCCCCCUCAACGCCCUGGGCUCUCCAUACCGAGUCAUCACCUCCACCCUGGGCCCGCCCUCGGGAGCGCUGGCGGCCCCUCCGGGGGUCAACCUGGUGGCCCCGCCCAGCUCGCAGCUCAAUGUGGUCAACGGUGUCAGCAUUUCUGAGGACAUCAAGCCCUUACCAGGGCUUCCUGGGGUUGGAAGCAUGAACUACCCGUCCACCAGCCCUGGCUCUCUGGUCAAACACAUCUGUGCCAUCUGUGGAGACAGAUCCUCAGGAAAGCACUACGGCGUGUACAGCUGCGAAGGCUGCAAAGGGUUCUUCAAGAGGACGAUCCGGAAGGACCUCGUCUACACCUGCCGGGACAACAAGGACUGCCUGAUCGACAAGCGCCAGCGCAACCGCUGCCAGUACUGCCGCUACCAGAAGUGCCUGGUCACGGGCAUGAAGCGCGAAGCCGUGCAGGAGGAGAGGCAGAGGAGCCGGGAGCGGGCGGAGGACGAGGCGGAGUGCGCUGCCGGGGGCCGCGGAGACAUGCCCGUGGGGAGGAUUCUAGAAGCUGAGCUCGCUGUCGAACCAAAGACGGAGUCCUACGGCGACGUGAACGUGGAGAGCUCGAUGAAUGACCCUGUCACCAACAUAUGCCACGCUGCCGACAAGCAGCUCUUCACGCUCGUCGAGUGGGCCAAGCGCAUCCCGCACUUCUCUGACCUCACCUUGGAGGACCAGGUCAUUCUGCUCCGGGCAGGCUGGAACGAGCUGCUGAUCGCCUCCUUUUCCCACCGCUCGGUGUCCGUGCAGGACGGGAUCCUCCUGGCCACGGGUCUGCACGUCCACCGCAGCAGCGCCCACAGUGCCGGGGUGGGCUCCAUCUUUGACAGAGUCCUGACUGAGCUGGUCUCCAAGAUGAAGGACAUGCAGAUGGACAAGUCGGAGCUGGGCUGCCUGCGAGCCAUCGUGCUGUUUAACCCAGAUGCCAAGGGUCUGUCCAACCCCUCUGAGGUGGAGACUCUGCGGGAGAAGGUCUACGCCACCCUCGAGGCCUACACCAAGCAGAAGUACCCAGAGCAACCGGGCAGGUUCGCCAAGCUGCUGCUGCGCCUGCCCGCCCUGCGCUCCAUCGGCCUCAAAUGCCUGGAGCACCUCUUCUUCUUCAAGCUCAUCGGGGACACGCCCAUCGACACCUUCCUCAUGGAGAUGCUGGAGACCCCGCUGCAGGUCACCUGAGGCCACAGCCACGGCCCCCCGCCGGGAUGAGCCCUGGGCCGGUGUGCGUGGACGCCCCGCCCUGCGCACGUCUCCCCACCUCCCACCCUACCCCGUCCUGUCCGCGGAUGCGACGCUUGUAAUAAAGAAACCUUUCUACACACGAGACUCUCGUAGGUGUUUUGCAUACAUGUUAAAGGUCAUCCUUCCUUGUGAUCUAAGGGGCUGGGGACCUUUAUGGAAGUCCUUGGGAAAACUCACCCAGCCUCUGUACAUAUAUAAUUGGUUUAAAUGAUUUUUUCACUUGCCAUGGAAAGCAAACAAAUGGAUAAUAAAAUAAUGGAUGGGAUACGGGCA